AUGUCAAGGAAACGAGAAGAUAAACCGCCGAAGGUUUUUGAACACGGCGAAGAAGUUUCUUCGUUGGAGGAAGAGAAUGAAGUGUUUUCUAAAGAACCAUCAGCCGUGAUGAAGCCUGCUCUGGUCACCGCAACAGAGAAGCAAAUUUCCGAUUCCAAAUCGGGAUCGGAUUCUGAAAUUGAUUCCGAAUUGGGAUCCGAGAUGGUUGUGACGAAGCCUUCUAUCACCGCCACAAAGGAGAAGGAUGAGAGGGUUGUGACGAAGUCUUCUGUCGGUGCUACAACAGAGAAGAAUUCCGAAAGUGAUUCCGAAUCUGAACCCGAGAAGGUUGUGAGAAAGUUUGCUCUUGCAGCCGCAACAGAGAAGGAUUCCGAAAGUGAUUCUGAAUCUGAACCCGAGAAGGUUGUGACGAAGCCUUCUCUCGUCGCCACAAAGGAGAAGGAUUCCGAAUCUGUUAAGUCCAAUGGGAAGAAAUCCAAGAAUGGCAAGUCAACGGAUGUUGAGUCUUCUUCUCUUGUUGAAGCUUUAGUGGGUUUUGGUAUGGAUGAACUUGGUGCUGAAAAAGGUGUUGUGAUGAAGCCUUCUCUCGCCGCCACAAAAGAGAAGGAUUCCAAAAGUGAUUCUCAAUAUGAAUCCGAGAAGGUUGUGAUGAAGCCUUCUCUCGCCGCUACAACGGAGAAGGAUCCCGAAAGUUAUUCUGAAUCUGAACCCCAGAAGCGCUCCCACUCCCCUGAGUCAGACAAAGGAGGAGUGUCUAUGAACAGGGUUAAGGUCGUGUCAGUGGAGAGGAAACCAUACUUCCAACGUCUAUGGACUGAAGAUGAUGAGAUUCUUGUUUUACAAGGUGAUGAUCCGACAUAUGUCAAAGCUCGUGAUCACAAGGCCUUUGACUUGUCUAAGCUUGUUUAA